AUGGCGGCUUCCAUGGCAACUCCUGGAAUCCACGGCUUUGGGCUCCGCCACAAGAGAUGCUCUUUUGCUUAUUUCGCCCCCUCCGCCGUAACCAAUGUGCAGAAGCAUCCGCAACCGCCACCACAACCGCCGCGGGAUGAGAAAUCUACCGAACCAGUCAGUCGUAGGGAAAUCGUACUUAGAAGCAGCGGGAUAGGAGUUCUUGGAGCCAUCUUUCACUUCGGCGGGAAGAAGCCAAAUUAUUUGGGAGUACAGAAGAGCCCUCCAGGUCUUGCUCUUUGUCCUGCUACCAACAAUUGUGUAUCUACAUCCGAAAACACAAGCGAUCUGAUCCAUUAUGCGCCGCCUUGGAAUUACAACCCAGAAGAGGGGCGCGGAAGUAAGAAGCCUGUCAGUAGGGAAGAGGCUAUGCAAGAGCUUCUUGAAGUGAUCCAGUCGACAAAACCCGACAAUUUUGCGCCAAAGAUAGCCGAGAAGAAGGAUGAUUACAUUCGGGUCGAAUAUGAAAGCCCUAUCUUGGGGUUUGUGGAUGAUGUUGAGUUCUGGUUCCCUCCGGGAAAGAAAUCUAUCGUUCAGUAUAGGUCUGCUUCGCGGUUGGGGAAUUUUGACUUUGAUGCGAAUAAGAAGAGAAUCAAGGCUUUAAGGUUAAAACUGGAGAAGAAAGGAUGGGCAUCAGAAGACCGCGCUUGA